AGGGGUCAAUCUUUUUGCACAUAAUUACCCCACACAGGAUUCAAAUCUGCGAACCCAAGCUGGGUAAUCAGAGGAAUUGAGCAAAACUUCAAUUUCUUAUCUUUUGAUUUUUUCAAUAAUAUAGUCCAAUUCAUUACGUUGUUGUACUAAGUACAAUAACAUUAUGUCAUAGUGCUGUAGUGUCUUACCAACACAAUGAAUACCUCUACAUCAGCCAACAAUGGUGGAAAACUUGAUGAUUGCCACUCGUCUAUCUAUUCUCUGGCAGAUUUAACAGGGUUGAGAUGGAGAACAUUCUCUGGGCCGAAAUCUCUCCCAGUUAGUCCAUCUGAUGACCCCGUCCUCGUGGCAUUCAGCAACUGCUUGUCACAAGAUAUACUAGCUGUUUGGAGAAAAGCUCCCAGCUUGAAGAAAAGCACUCCAAGUUUGACUCAGACCCACCCACAUCAGUUCAAUGAAGAUGAAAUGAACUCAGGAUCUAAUUUUGAAUUAAAGAAAGAGUUAUGGAUAUUUUGGUGGGGAAAUGAAAAUGAGCCAUCAGUUGAAGCAGUAGGUAGAUCUGUUGGGCUCACUUUUGAAUCAGAAGAUUCAUGGGAAGAUGUUGGAUUAUCUUAUGAAUGUAGAACACUAUUAUUCAAAGCAAUUCACAAUCUAAUUGAAAGGUGUCUCCUAUCAGAAAGAUUUGUAAGAAUUGGAAAAUGGUUUUUACGACCAUUUAAAAGAGACACAGAUGUGGAUAAAUCUGAUAGACUUUCUAUAUCUUUCACUUUCUUUUUGAGAGGUGAAAACACCGUCUGUGCCACUGUUGAUAUAGGAUCACAUCAGCCAGUGGAACGAUUGAACAAUCAAUAUUUGAUCCAAGUUUCCAAUAAUCUCGUUUCCAAAACGGUGAUUUUAAGCCCAUUUGGACUUCGUGCUUCAGUUACCGGAUUGGUUUAUAAAUCACUUCAUGACCAAGCAGUGAAAACUGUAAUUGAUGAAUGGAAAGGCUUUUAUCCUAUUGACAUAUCAAUGUAUGAGAGACAAACGUAUGAUGAUCAUGACAAUGUUGAGCAGCCUGUGCCCCCAGUUGUUGAAGUAUUUUUGUCUGGUGUUCGAACAAAUUAUCCUUCUGCUUAUAUACUUGUACCUGUCGACACCCAUUCUGCUUUGAAGGAUGGCGAAAGUAGACCUUGGAAUGCAGAUAGAAGAGCAAUGGAUUGUGUAAGCCACCAAGGUGAUAUCACUUCAAUCGGAUCAUUUCAAGACAGCAUGGGGUUAUCAGUUAAUGAAGUUGCAACAUCUCCGAUCUCAGAAUCUGCAAGAGAUGGUAUGACAUCACUGAACCCAGAGGGUACAAGCUCAUUGGUUAGGAGCUUAAUUUCCAGAGUCGUCAAUGCCAGCGUUUCAUCUGAGAUGCGACUUGAAAAUGAAGUAAAUGGAAUUCAUCCACAUCACCCUGAACCUCUAACUGUUCAUGACAACAGCCCAUCACAAUGGCUCCAACUUUGUAGCCAAUUCAAAAAAGCGAGACAAAGACUGAAUUAUUUUCCUCCAAAUGAUGAUGAAUUGAGCCAGAUGACUGGAAAACUAAAAUAUAUGAAUGACAGCAAUCAACAAUCAGAUGGAAGACGUAAAUCAGACAAACAGAAACAACCAGCAACAGUUCCAUUUCAUCACACAAGUGCUGAACCAACCCCGCCUGGCAUUGUUAAUCAACAACUUGUUGCACCAUACUUUCAGAAUCCUGAAUCUAAUUCUAUGAUAAUGAUGUAUCCUCCUCAGCCAGUUGGUUUUGUAAAUUAUCCGCAAUGGAAUCAGGAAGAACAAAAAUCAUUGGAUCAACAAGGUAUGUGUGGGCCUAUGUUUUUUCAAAAUAAUGACAUUCCCAAUGUUCGUGAAAAUUUUCAAAGUGAUCCCAUAGAACCUGGAUUUCAAUAUACUAUCACUGAUGAAGCAAUCAAAAAUGCACCAGUAGGGGAAAUUAAAGAGAAUGUUUCAGUUUGGAAAAAAAUUAAGUUGCCCAAACAAGUGCAAAAACUACAAGGGAUGGCAAAUAUAGUUGGAAAACCAAAAAAACCAUCUCUGAUACCAGAACAUUUGGAAUCUGAAACUAGUGCAUCCAGCAACUCGUUUAGAUCUUUGAAACGUAUGAAAUAUAAUAUAAAACAUAUUCAAAAGGAACUGGCAUGGAGUAUUGAUUCGAAAAAAAUGAAAGUGGAUGAAGAAAGCACUGCCAAUGAUGACAUUGAAAAUUCAUCAGCUCCUUCAUACAAUAAUAACAUGACCGCAGGCAUGGAUCAUGUUAAUCCACCUCACGUUAGACUAGGUUCAAUCACAGGUGAGCUUGCUGGAAUGACGGUAUUAUCAGAUCCAUAUAAAUUUGAAGAUGAAGAAAAAGAUACAGAUAAUGUUGCUCCAUUUAAUUCGCCAUUCACUGCUGAUAUAAGUUUGAAGCAACCUACCGGGAUGUGGUCUAACAAUGAAAAUACAGAAGGCAAUAAUAUUGAAAUGAAUCCGAAGACGAGUCAUCUUAGUAAUCUGUUAAAGCAAGAACCAGGUAGUAUGUUCACCAAAGGGUUACCGUCAUUAUUUAAUGAAGGCCCCAUUGUUGAAAAGCCACAAAUAGGUACCUCAUUGAUGGAUAAAAGUGACUUAAAAGUUUCAGCUUUUGAUUUAGACAACAUGUUCAAUGAUUCUGAAGAUGAUGACAUGGGUACUGCAGCUGCAGAUGAUAUUUCAGGAAGCAAAAUGGUUUCAAAUAAAGUCAAUCCAAACAAAUAUGAUCCCACUCGAAUGCUUUCAAAUACCUAUGAGGCUGCACAUAGUCAAUCUUUCAUUGCUACUAUGAAAGGAGAUGUUGCAAAGUAUCAGACACCUUAUAUCAAUAACGAAUUAGAUUUUGCCAAUGCUGGAUCGAGUGUCAACUAUGGAGGUGAUGCAGUUUCAGUAGAAACUCUUGGGUCUUUAGCUAAUAAAAUGGCGACGAACUUCAUGCCUGUGCAUGUUUCAGCUAAAACUAAUGAAGUGUACAAGAAAAAUCCUUUAAGCAGACAGCCAAUGACAGAUAAGUAUGCCCCACUGGAGUUGAAACAUAAAUCACAUUCAAUCUUGGAAGGAAAGCUGCCACACACAUUUACAUAUACACCUUCAUGGCAAAUGCCCAUGGAUCAGUUUGUUGCUCCUCAAAACGAAAUGCCAUCAAUGAACGCUCAAGAUGACAUAAACCACCUGCCUUCCUAUGAUGCCCCUACUCCAGUAUCUCACCAUUAUUCAGUAAGCACACCUGCCUCUGUUCCUCAGCCAUCUCCACUUCCCCAGCAAACACCACGUACACCAAGGACACCUAGAACCCCACGUGGUAGUGUAUCCCCUGCUACUUCAACACCUAAUCCUGCAGCUCAUGGUAGGUUUUCUGUUCAUACACCACUGACAAGUGUAUCCUCAUCUGUUGCUCAAUCAGAUAUAGGUAAUUGCAGAGCAUCAUCUAUAUAUGUUACCCUAAUGCUGUCUGACUCUGUUUUAAAUCUUUUUCGUGAUAUAUCAUUCGACCAAUGCCCGAUGUGUGUAUGCAAUGAAAAUAUACGUAGUAGGGAUGUUGAACUUGGCUAUUUACCAUCAAUGGCUGAUAAUUUAUCAGAUGGACAAUUUCCUUGCUCAUGCGGUUUUAGUGCCAUACGAAAUCGGUGUCUUUCAGUAGGGGCUGGGCUCUUUCUGGAAGACGAACUUGAAAUUGUUGGAAAAGAAUUAGAAAAUGACAUCAUAAAAGGCAGAGAUGCUUUGCGAAAGCAAACUGAUGGUGCAGUGUCUGCUGUUGUCAAUUUUGCUGUGAGACAAGCACCAAAUCCAUAUCUGAAAGUGAAAACUAUAUCAGCGAUGAAUGUUAUUAAAUAUCAAGUAUAUAACAGCGCGGAACAGCAAGAUAUAAUGGAAGCAUGUGUUGAGGCAAUUAAUGGUGGAAUUACUGUAAUGGAAACAGGUCAUCAGCCAAAAAUUCAGGUUCAUCAUUGCAAAAAUGUUGUUCAUCGUUGGGUAGAUACUCGAUUAAUGAAAUGUUCUAAUUCUGUUGAUUUAUAUCAAUUAAUGCAGUUUUUAAAACCUAUUCUACAAAAUGCAAUACAGAGGAGAAGGUCUGAGAGGUCAUUCAAUUUCAUUCAGCGUGUGAAUGGACCUUUAACUUGGAGAGAAUUUUGUAAAGAUAAUACAGGAGCGCUUGAACCUUUACCAGUGCCAAUGCUUCUUGUUGGACAAAACCACGACUGGAUGACAGUUUCACCAUUUGCUUUGGAUUACUGGGAAAAGCUAUAUCUCGAGCCAUAUGCUGGAAUUACUAAUAUCCAUUACAUUGUGAUGUGUCCCGAAGUGGAACAUGUGUUUACUGCCACUAGAUUCUUUUUCAAUGAACUGAGCUCUAUUUAUGAUCUUUGUAGGCUUGGGAUGCAUAAACCAUUUAUUCGCGGCAUGCCUGAUGAUGGAAUUGUUUGCGUUGGAAACAAUGUUGUAAAUAAUGCCAAUCUCAAUAGCAACUCCAAUCGUAUCCCUGGUGAUCCUAACAAUAUAGAACCAACGCAUAAUCACAUUGGAGAUAACAAUGCCACAAAGUCUGUCGAAUCAUAUGUUACUGCUUGCCGUGAUAUUUUAUUUUCAUUAUUCAACAUUGGUGUUCCAGAUUCACAAAAUGAUUCAAUGAAGCCACCUCAGUCCACAGGUCCUUUAUCUAAUUCCAUUGGUACUCCUGGUUCUAACAGGCCUGCAACCCCUCUCCCAUCAAAACUGAAAGCUGGAAAGGACUUCAUACAGGCACAGUUGGCAAGUAAACAUAAUUCAAAUGAUAAUGCGACCAUUUUACUAUAUUUUGUUGAUCCUUUCUUUGGAGAAAAUUGUUCUGCCUUCUCUAUCCAAAUUUGGAAAUGCUAUUCCGAGGUUGUAAAAUCAUUACCAGAGUCAAAGCGAGAUUCUGUUGUUAUCCAGAUUGUUCCACUUGAGGAUAUUUUACAAUAUGCAAAUUCAAGCAAAAAAUCUAGUGUUUCUGCAGCACGAUCACUUGCUUUCAGUUCUUAUUUUCAAUGCAGGCAUAGGAUAACUAGCCCAGCUCUGGUUCGUAGCAUGACUGAAUUUGGACCAGCCACUUCUAAAUAUGAGGCUGCACAAGAAAAUAGGCUCAAACUGGCAAUGCCUGCUAUCCAUUCCCCCGCAUACAUCUUAGCCGGUUCCAGAAACAAUCAGAAAGAUUGUUUGGCUGUUGAGAAAAAACAAACUAAAGAAUGUAAUAUUUUAUAUGUAACCUAUUGUUUAUCGCAUGAUCAGAAAUGGGUUAUCGGUUCAGCAACGGAUCAAGAUGGAGAAAUGCUUGAAACUUUCUGUGUUAAUAUAGAUGUUCCACCAAGGAGGGUGUCCUUACGCAGGAAACAACGAAUUUGUGUAAAGACUGCUGCUAUAGAAAAAUUGUGGAAAAUUUGUAUAAGUUUAAUCACUGGUACUGCAUCAGUGCAAUGGAGAAUCGUCAUUGGCAGACUUGGUCGGUUAGGUCAUGGCGAAAUUCAAGAGUGGAGCAAACAUUUGAAUCGAAGAAAUUUUUCUUUGUUGUCAAGGCAAGUUGCAACAAAAUGCAAUCAAUGUAUGUUGAAUGCAGCAUUCAAGCAUCCUAGUAUCCUCAGUGCGUGUUUGACUUCGCUCGAACCAGAAGGGUCGUUCACAAUAUUACCCGAUCUUGUGAAACUUGCACCUUUUGGACGCAGCACGAAUAGCAACAAUCAAGUUCAAUUGAAAACCCCAGAAGAUAUCUCGUGCACUCAUAUCUAUGUGUUCCCAACAUCAUCAUAUGUACAAACUGCAGCAGGUGGAACAUUCCAAAAUGAAAAUAUUGAUUUCCUAUCAAAUGAACUAGGCUUAUCUGUAUUUGGUGAACAAGAUGAUAUACCUAUUGAAGUAGGUGAUAUUUUUAAUCCAACCUCCCCUGGUGGUAAUAAUCAGCAAUCUGAUGAAAUAGGACAUAUGAAACCUCAGCCAGAUCGCCUAACAUCUACGGAUAUACCAGAGGACAUUGUUCUUCAACAGCAACCCCUUGCAUUGGGAUAUUUGGUAUCUACUGCUCCUACAGGCCCAAUGCCUGAUUCUUUUUGGUCGUCGUGCCCUCAGGCACAAUUUCGCUGCCCAGUGUUCCUCCGAUUUGCUCUACAUAUUCAAAUUAGCAGUGAUGAAGUUCAAAGUAUGGGAUCUGGUGGGGAAACAAAUGAUGAACACCAUGAAUUAGAUUCUCAUAAAACUGCUCAAGUUCUGCGAUAUGUGAUGGAAAAUUAUAAUGCACUGUCGUGGUUGACCUGCGACCCCGUAUCCCGCGAUCGCAGGUCUUGUCUUCCUAUACAUUAUUUUGUACUAACAAGACUUUAUCACACAAUCAAGGAGUUAACGUAAUAUCAUACUUUAUUUAUUGUUAUUAUUAUUAUUACUAAACAGGUGUACAUUUAAAAUUGUGUGUCAAUUUUUUACUAUGUGUUUUUUUCUUAUCAAUGGUUCCAUAUGCCUUGAUAUUGAUAUUUUUGCGAAAUAUCAAUGUUUCCACCCAAGUUUGAAAUGACACUCAAAAGAAGAAGAAUUAUAUGUUCAUAAGCAUUGAAAAGUGGAGGAGUUUAUAUGCAGUUAGAUUCUAAAAAUUUGUUUAUUUAAAUUAUUAUAGAAUAAGCUACGCGAAUGUCUAUCGACUUUCAUUCUCUUUUUAAAAUAUGAUUCAUGUUUGAGCUAACUUCUGAAUCACUUUUAUUUUCAUAAUUGCUGCUUUGUGUCAAACUGCGUUGUGCAUAACAUGGAUAUGUCUUUGAUUUGAUAAAACUAUGCUUGUUAUUUUCAACAUUCCUUACAUGGGAUAGUAUUUGGAUGUAAUUUGUUACAUGACAUUAAAAGCAGAGAAUUUGCCUGAAAGGGUGUAUUUGAAAAUUAUUUUAUCAUAGAACUAUAAAAACAACAGGUAUGAUUUAUUAUCCACCAACAAUUUUGAGUUACAAUGUUGAAAUCUGAGACAAAUUGUCUUUGUAUAGUUCAUACUAUUUCUGAUUUGUGACCAAUUUGAAUCUUCAUAUACAUAAUUGGUUUUGUGAUUUUUAUCCUCUGAAAAGUUGAUUUCAUUCGAUAAGUGCCAGAAUAUGUAAUAUGUAAAAUUUCCAUGCAAGUGCAUGCCAUUUUGAUUAAAUUUUCUAAGAUAAGGUUAUGAAUUCUUCCUCCCCUAUUUGAUGGGAUAGCUAUUCCAGUUAAAUGUAAUUGUGUAGUUUGAUUUCCCUUUUUAUGUCUAUUGCAAUAUUGCUUGUUUAUGACUUUUAUUUAUGGGUGACCCAAAAAAAAGAACAGAAUGUCCUAAAUUGCCAAAACUUUUGUGUACAAUCAACACAUGUAGAAGUUUUCUCCAUUUUCGUACAAGUGAUUAAGAAAUUUAUGAGCUCUGUCAUUUUUGAGUCAUCCUUACGGUUUUAAUCUAUGUCCAAAUUUUUAUGAUGGUAUUCAAUAUUAACUUCAAAGCAAGGCGGCAAUGGAAUCCAAAUUUGAAUCAGAAUUCAACUUCUAACUCAAUAGAAUUGAGCGUGAAAAAUGUUGAUAAUACCAGAAAAUUUUAUAUUUUUAUGUACAUGACUGACUUGCGUUUCAAUCAAUUUUUCAUGAAAUUUAUUUACUGUGUUACGAUUAUUUAAUACCUUUAUUUGUAUUUGUUCAUUUUUAAAAUUUAGAAA